GUAUCUCCGUGGGGACCAUGUUGGAAGGGUCGGUGUUUCUGUACAAAGCAUCGACAUUGACAUGAAGAAAUUCACUUGCUCAUUUCCAAAUCGCUUUUCACACCGUGCGUCGUCUGCUGUGAGGAACUGAAGAGCACCCAUGGAGGACAUUAGCGCCCAAAUGUCUCGGUUUUGCAGCCCCGUCUACAGUCGAUACUGGCGGCACUACCAGCAGGCGAUGGCCUGGCACCAGAGGCACAGGUGGGCCUACCAGAAGGCCUUGCAGGCCGCUUAUGGCCCAGUCUACCGCCGCCAGCGGCGCCCCGGGAGUAUAGAGCGCUACAUGGACUGGCACCCAGGCGAAAGUGGCAGUGAAGAAGGGGAGAGUAGUUCGGAUGACGAGAUCGAGUGCGACAUUAGUAACAUGGAAAUCAGCGAAGAGCUCCGGGAGUAUUUUGCCCAGACUGAGAAACACCGGCAGGAGUUAAGAAAGCAGCAACAAAUAGAAGCCAACAGCUACGUCCCGGCCGACCAGGACCUGCGCAGCAUCUCCCACCGAGUUGGCGUGGCCCCACCGGCCGAGCGGCCGGGCGAGAGGCGCGGGGCCGAGAUGAAGAAGCUGUACGGCGAGGAUGCGGCCAAGAUCCUGGCAAUGGAGACAGCCAUGCAGCUCACCUUUGACAGGAACUGUGACCUCAAGCAGCCCAAGUACUGGCCCGUCAUCCCGCUCAAACUUUAGUCCUCAGGGGUUUUUUUUCUGUUUUAUUUCAAAGUGCAACUCAUUUGCUGACAGAAAAUUGGUUCCAGAGGGUGAACAUUUCCCACUUUUUGGUGAUGUAAACAAUUGAAACAAAUGUCUACUUGUGUUUUUUCUUCUCCCUUUUUGUUUUCCCCUCAACUAGCUAGUCCGGGCUGUCAGUCAUCACAAGAAGCCCUUCGCAUGGCUGCCUUGCAAAAGGUGUAUGCUAUAUAUUAAAUGAAAUUGCAUAUAGUUUAUUUAAUGUAGAAAUUAAAAACCUAAUGGAAACGUAUAGGAUUGUAUUGUGUUUUUAAAAUAUGCAUAUUACAGUGGUGAAAUGUUGAAAGGCAAAUGCAAGGAAGCAGUAUACUGCUGUUUACUAUGGCAUGUGGGAAUUCAAAGUUUUGGAGUAUUGAUUUUAUUGACAUGCACUCUAACACAGAGUUAAAAACUUUUUAGAAUUUAGAAAAAAAUAUUUUGAAAUGGGAUUAUUUUUACCUGAUUUUGUGGCAACCACUGGAGAGCAUUUUCCUAAACAGUAAACCCUCAUUGAUCAUAACGGUUACAUUCCAAAAACCCUGACAAUAAAUGAAAUUAGUGAAGUAUCAUGCUUUAUUAUACGAUUGUAUUGGUUUUUACAUUUCGUAUAUGCUUUUCAGAGUGCGACGCGUUGAGUGAGAUGCAGGAAUGUAAUAUAUCCUCUUGAGGUCGCCAUCCACACAUCUACACGAGCACAUGCUUGUUGAAGGCAGGUGUGCUGUGCUUGACUGAUGUGAACAUCAGUCCAUGCGAACAUUUCAACACAUUUCCUAACUUUGAACAAUUCCUCACCCUGAUAAUCCUGGCAAGAUAAGUGAAAAGCAUUGUGAACCCACACCUGAUUGCGGGGAUGGUUUUAACUUUAGUACCUACUGUAAGUUGUAGAAAAACAAGGUAAAUAUGGCUCUUGACUUGGCAAUGAUCCUGCAGAUGUUGUUAUGCAUGUGUGCAGUAGCUAUUUUUUUUGUCUAAAGUUGUGAAUUUAUCUAUAAAAAAUCCUGACCGUGCCUUUUGUUUUUAAAAGUGGCUUUCUAGUGAUGUUCUUUGUAUACUUAAGCGAUUUAGUGACUUACCAAAUGUACUGUUUGAGUUCUGCAAAGAAUAAGUACCCAAGUCAUUGCUCCCGCAUUAACAUAAUUUAGCCUAGAAGUUGAAUUGUAUCAGAGUUGAAGUUAUUUAAAACAAAAGUAUGAUGCGCUGAAAUCGCAAUCGUUUAAAGAAGACAGCGAGGGAUUGCUAUGUCGUGCAGAAUGAUUGUGCGGUCACAUAACCCCUUUUCAAAAUCUGACGUCCGAUUGACUGCUUGUUACCUCCGCAAUAAACCCACCCCCGCACAA